UACAAACUGUCAUUUGUGAAAUUUUGAUAUGACUUUUCAUCAUUUACUUUUGUUUAUCACAAAAUAAACAACAAAUUCCGUGGGAAAGUCGUAAUUUCCAUUGGUUGUACAUGAAUAAUUAAAAAUUACGAGUCUAAUGUGAAAUAUACUGGAUGAAAUGCUCCUAGCGCGAAUCCGGCUUCGGCUCUGGAGACCACACAAAUCUAUCACGAGGUUUUUAUCAAAAGAGAAAGGAUCAGAAGAGGUGAAGAAGACCACCCCAUCAUGUCCUCAAGGUGUGAAAUUAGAAUCAUGUCAGUUGGACCCCUGCAUGCUAGAUCCAUGCAAACCAGAACCAACGGUGGUAAUCAUCGGAGCUGGAAUGGCAGGUCUAUCCGCAGCUCAUCGAUUGGUUCAAUGUGGACUACAGAAUUUCACCAUUCUAGAGGCUACAGACAGACCAGGGGGACGAAUCCACUCCUGCUGGCUUGGGGACGUCGUAGCCGAGAUGGGAGCGGCUUGGAUCGAGGGUGGUUGUGUAGCAAAUCCUGUCUUCACCCUGGCAGCCCAAGAGGGUCUCCUUAAACACCCGGUAUUUCGACCAGAUCCCACGAAGAAUCUCUUCUGCACCAGCGAUGGACGAGCGAUUGAUCUUCCCGUUAGUAUCACUGCUUAUCAUACUUUCAAACAAAUCGAACAACAAGCAGCCGCCCUCUUCUCCCUCGGUUGUGGACGGGCUCAUGGGACACUUCUGAAUUUUAUUGGUGUCAGGAUCCAACAGGAGUUGCACAAUUUUCCAGAGGAGCAAAGGUACGAUGCAGCUCGAGUUAUGUAUGGGAUGACAAAUCUAGUGAGGUGUCGAUGUGGCGAUGAUUUAUCAAUGGUAUCUGCCGAUCAAUUCGGGAGUUAUAUUGAAAUUCCUGGAGGUAAUGUGAGGGUUCCCCUUGGAUACGUCGGCGUUUUGGCUCCACUCCUGAGGGAUCUUCCGAGCUGCUCCUUGAGGUACUGCAAACCUGUGAGUUGCAUCAGGUGGGGAGCAGUGAGUGACGCCUGUCCUCGUGCCGUCGUUAAAUGCUGCGAUGGCGAAGAAUUUCUAGCGGAUUAUGUCAUAGUUACUGUGCCACUUGGAGUCUUAAAGAAUCAACACGACAAACUCUUCUGUCCGGCACUGCCUGCAGACAAAGUCGAAGCUAUUUGCAAACUCGGUUAUGGAUAUGUUAAUAAAAUCUUUCUGGAAUAUGCGAGGCCAUUUUGGGUGUGGAGAGAAGGGAACAUAAACCUUGCAUGGUCAGCUGAUGAACUUUCAGACAGAUGCGAUUGGGUAAAAGGUGUUGCACACAUCGAAGAACUCCCCGGAUCUCAACAUGUUCUUUGCGCUUUGGUGAGUGGUCGUGAAGCUGCUGAAAUGGAGCUCUGCUCCGACGAAGAAGUGGUGGAAUCAAUCACCAGAACACUCAGGCAAUUUACUGGGGAUCCGACCCUUCCUUAUCCAUCUAAUAUCCUAAGGAGUAAAUGGUGCAUGGAUCCGCACUUUGCUGGAGCUUACAGCUACAUGGCGAUGGACAGUACAGUGGGACAUCAGUGCGAUCUCUCUAAUCCUCUCCCUGGCUCCUGUGAACCAAUUGCUCCGAUAUUAUUAUUUGCGGGUGAAGCAACAAUUCCAGGACACUACAGUACAGUCCACGGGGCUAGAUUAAGUGGAAUCAGAGAAGCAGAAAGGAUAAUUCAAUUAACGAAACGCUUCGGUGGGCCACCGAAAACUCCCCCUGACGAUAAGUGCAAGCCUGCAUGUCCCUGAUUUCCGUUGAAAAUUCACUCUGAUAAAAUCCCUGAAUCUGUACAAAAUACAACAGCAUUUACACAUAA